GGGCGGGGCGACGGCGCGCCCACGCGGUGCGGCCCGGAGCCCUCGGUGGCCGUGCGCUCCGCCCUCUUUCCCCCUUAUCCCCCUAGACCCUCUUCCCGUGGCCGAGCAUGGGCGCGCGGGCGUCCCGGGAGCCCCUGGCCCGUGGCGGCCUGCGGCUGCUGCUGCUCUUUCUGCUCCUGGCGGUGCUCCUGCUGGCGCUGGUGGCCCCCGGCGCGCAGGGGGCUCGGGGCCGCGGGACUGCGGACAAGAACAGCCACCGGCGCGCGGCCAGCACCUUCUCUCAGAGCGUGAGCAGCCUUUUCGGAGAGGACAACGUGCGCGCGGCUCAGAAGUUACUGUCCAGGCUGACUGAGCGCUUCGUGCAGGGAGUGGACAUGUUUAUGGAGACAUUAUGGAAAGUUUGGAUGGAGCUCUUGGAAGUCCUUGGACUUGACGUGUCCAACCUGUCACAGUACUUCAGCCCAGCCUCUGUGUCCAACAGUCCUGCCCGGGCCCUGGUCCUGGUUGGUGUGGUCCUCCUGGCCUACUGGUUCUUGUCUCUGACCUUGGGUUUCACCUUCAGCCUCCUGCACCUCGUGUUUGGCCGCUUCUUCUGGCUCGUACGUGUCAUCCUGUUCUCCAUGUCCUGCGUGUACAUCCUGCAUAAGUAUGAGGGUGAGCCUGAGCACGCAGUCCUUCCCCUCUGCCUCGUGGUUGCCAUCUACUUCAUGACGGGGCCCAUGGGCUACUGGCGAGGCAGUCCUGGUGGCCUUGGCAGCCCCAGUGUGGAGGAGAAGCUGGAGCACCUGGAGAACCAGGUGAGAUUGCUCAACAUCCGCCUCAACAGGGUGCUGGAGAACCUCGACCGUUCCAAGGACAAAUGAAGGUCAGGUGCCUGGCCGUCCAAGGGUGUCACCUGCAGUGAUGUCAGAAGGCUACUAGAGAAGAAAACAGCCGGCAGCCCCACCCAACUCCGACCCUCCCAAUAAACUGAACAAGAACGCCACGCCUGGUAUUUUCCCACUGUGGGUCGACCUUAAGACCCACUGGAGGAGAAAGAACUUAUGUAGAACUUAAUCAGAAGGUUGCUAGUUGGAAAAACAUAUUUUUUAAACAAUGGAUAUACCCCUAUUAGCUGUGUAGUCAGAGAAAUUUAUCUGCAUAGAUCAUAAAGUUGAUUUUUUCAAACAUUUAAAUCUUUUGUAAGGUUUUUAAAAAAAGGCAGAUCAAGUCAAGUUUAUCAGAGCUUUGAAGGAAGCACUUGAAGAUUUUAAGGAAGUUUAAACUGGCUCCUGGGUAAGCGCUGUGUGUGUUAUCUUUUUACUUCCAAAUGUGACCUUCGUUGUGUGUCUUCUGAGGCUGGUGCUGGCUGGGUUCAUGAGUGCUGUUAUUGUGGAUACUUGGACUUCAGAGUGGAGCUGCAUCAUUUGGAUCCCAGGGACCUGGUGCACUCCUUCCAUUGUGUUCCUUUCUGUCUUUCUGGUGCUGGGGAUGCUGAGCCCACCCCCACCCUGUCCAUCGUGUUUCUGAAUGAAGGUACCCGUAGGUGUCCUGGAAUCUUUUUCUUUUCCCUAGAAAAUACAUAGAUGGGGCUACAAAAUGUCUUUGGAGUUUGAUGCCAAGAACUUCCUGGAUGGGCCUUGAAAAUUAUUCCAGAAUCUAGCUGAAUCUUUUUUUUUUCUUUGUUUUUCGAGACAGGGUUUCUCUGUAUUGUUUUGGAGGCUGUCAGUCCAGCCCAGCCUCGAACUCACAGAGAUCCGCCUGCCUCUGCCUCCCGAGUGCUGGGAUUAAAGGCGUGCGUCACCACCGCCCGGCCUAGCUGAAUCUUACAUUCCCUGUUUGCCAGGUAGGCCCAUAUAGCCAGCUGGACCAUGACAGGAUUUUCUUAUUUGUUUCAUUUGCUUCUAAUUGACUCAAAACCAUAGAAGAAACUGUUUAUGGCCGGUAACAGCUUUCAUUUCAUUGCUUCUAGAACAUUCUUAGGCAUAAGCAACCCUGAUAUGAAUUUUUUGUCCUGAAAUUUUUAUGAUUAUGUGUGUUUGGUGCUUUUUGUCUGGGGUCCAGGGAGUUGUUCUUUUAGCUUAGCCUCAGGGACGGGGUGGGCAGAGAAUUGGUCUGGAAAGAAAGCUGGCUUUUGCAGGGUGUGGCUGGGAUUGCCAUUGUCUCUGUGGUCCUUCAGUGUACCAUGGAACCACUGAGUCCCAACUUCAGCUUAGUGGAGGGAGGUACCUGUCAGUUUUCAUGGCAGACCUUGGUAGAGGGAUCCAGCUGAUGCCAGCUCUGGUGCCAUGUGUCUGAGAAGUUCUGUUUGGGGUUGCAAGUGUCUGGAACACAGAUUCGGAUCUUUCUGAGGAUGUGUCCAAGACCUCUGUUCUUGUUGUGACCAUAUGGAGCUCACACUUGCUUGAAUUUCAUUCACUUGUGAAACUCAUACUGGGGAAGUCUCUCCAUGGACAUUGAACACACCUGACCUCUGGUGUGAGACAUUUCAGUUAUGUGUUGUUCAGAUACUGUAAACAAAUCUACAUGCAGCACAAGGUGUCAGUAACUGGGGGAGGGUACAUUGGUGGCUCACAUCGCCUUUCAUUCCAAGUGUCUGGCCAUAUCGUAACAAAAGGUUGCUUUGUAGAUAUUGGCUCUCAGCCCCUAAAAAACAGCAUCUCUGUUCUUGCCUUGGCUCCUCUCAUUGGACACAGAGAUGUCCUAUUUCAGGUCCUAGACAUUCCACUGUAGCUCCGUGUGCAAUCCCAUUAUUCAGGAGGCAGAGGCAGGAGCAUUGCUGCUAUUUUGAGGCUAGCUCAGUUUAAGUAGGAUAUUCCAGGCCAGCCAGGAUUACAUAGCAAGACCAGAAGCCAGGUUUAAUGGCACAUAAGAGCCAGAGGCAGGCUGAUCUCUGAGUUUGAGGCCAGUCUUAUCUAUAUAGUGAAUUCCAGGUCAGUCAGAGUUAUACAUUGAGACCUUGUCUCAAAACAAUAAUGAGAAAAAAAGUUAAAAAAAAAACCUGCAAUAUUUUCUUCCAGCCUGACCAAAUAUAGAUUCUAAAGCCAGUUUUAUGGUUUUUUGUUUUGUUUUGUUUUUGUUUUUUAAGACAGGGUUUCUCUGUAUUGUUUUGGAGCCUAUCCUGGAACUUGCUUGGUUGACCAGGCUGGUCUCAAACUCACAGAGAUCUGCCUACCUAGUGCUGGGAUUAAAGGCAUGUGCCACCACCGCCCGGCCAGUUUUAUGGUUUGAUAUCCAUAAAUACAAGACACCUUCAUUUUCAUUUAAUUAUUUCUUUUAGAUAGGGUCUCAUGUGUCCUAAGCUGGCCUUGAACUUGCUUAAGUAGCUGAGGCUGGCCUUAAACUUUUGAUCCUCCUGCCUCCACCUCCUGAGUGCAGGGAUGACAGGGGUGGACCCAGGCUACACGCCUGGUAAGAGGGCACUCUAGAGUCCAGCCCCAGGAUGCCUUCAGUAUAAAAGGAAGAACGCACACGUCAGAGUAGAAUGCACUUGAGGUUCUAGUAGUAGAACUUGAGGUGGCAGAUGCACAAUUACCUUGUUUGGGUUUGUUUUUGUUUUUUGUUUUUCUUAGGCAAGAUCUCUCUAUAGCCCUUGCUGUCCUUGAACUCACAGAGACCCACCUGCCUCUGCCUCCUGAGAGCUGGGAUUGCAGGUAUAAGCCCGCCAUGCCUAGCCUUGUUUGGAUGUAUUCUUAACCCCCACCUAGUUAAAAUUUUGUCUGGUUUCACCGGAAAGCUAGCGCUGCUGUGCACUUGUAGCUGCAAGGACUUUCCAAGGCGUCCUUCCUGGCCACUUUUACUUUCAGGUCCUGGGCACGUGAGCCCUAUUCCCAGCAUGCAAGCUGCUUUCCAAAACAAUCCGUGACCAUUCUACAAUGCUUUUGUUUAUGACCAUUUAAGUACUUAGAGUUUGGGCUCCUUACCUGUGAAUUGUAGAAUUACAUCUAUCUAUAUCUAUAUUUUGCGGGUUCUAACUCAGUACUCUGAACACUGGACAGCUGCCGAUGAUGUGUCCUGACUGGCAUCAGCAGACUUCAGCCCACUGCAUCCUUCUGUGUUUUGUUCUUUGGUGACCCCUCCAUAGCUAGGACAGACACAGAGAACCUGUUUUUCUGUCCUGGUGGCACAAGAAGCACACCGUUGGCAUUGUCACCUGGACAGCUGUGGCUCUGAUAGCAUGACUGACUCUGUCCUGAUGUCUCUGCGGAUCUCAAGCUUUUACUGUUGUCAGUUUCCUGUCUGCGUCUGUGAUAAAUCUCUGAAUAGCCUACAAUUAAGUUACUUUCUUGUGAUAGUGACCAAUGUGCAGUUAAAUCCCCCAUGAGGUAAUUAUUUCCCUGUUCUUAGCUGUAAAUCAUAUUCUUUUUUACCAAUGAUAUCUUCAUGGUUGAGUUCUUGUUUUGUGCCUCAGCUUAGAAAUUUUAUAUAGUAUUUAGUUCAACACAAUAGAAAGCCAUUCCGUGAACAUAGUGGGGUGCGUGCACACCCGUGUGCGCGCACGCGCGCACGCACACACACACACACGCACGUGCAUAUACCUUAGUUGGGAAGCUGAUUCUACGAAUAUCUUAUAUAGAAAAAAAAGCACCAGGCUUAUUAUUUUUUUGCGAAGUGAUGGAUACAUUCCUCUUAUUUAUUAAUCACUGGCUUUGGCUUUGAUGUUAGAGGUCUUUGUUGAUCGACUUAAGAACUGGAUUAAAACAUUGUGAACAUUACAGCUUAAUAAAUGUUUACUGUAA